AGAGCACUCAGCAACAUAACACAACGUGGUUAAGUGGCAACCCAUUCUCUCUCUCUCUGUUUCCAACUAACGUUUUUGGUUUCUUCUUCGUUUCUGCAUUUCGUAUAUCAUAUGAUAUCGGUGAAUUUGGAUAGUAUAAUUACAAAACUAACAUGAUGAACAUUGAAGCAUCAUCAGCAGCGGUGCUGGAUUCAAGAAAGGAUGAACAUCACGACGACGAUGAUGAUAAGUGCUCAUCUUCAACGACAUCGUCGAUCGGAAAGAACAGCGAUGUGUCGUCAGAGAAUGAAAGAAUAGCAGAAAAUGAGAAUGAAGUUCAGAGUGCUUAUAAUGGCCCUUUCGAUAUGAUGGACUCUCUUGAAGAGGUUCUCCCUAUUAGGAGGGGGAUCUCAAAAUUCUACAAUGGAAAAUCAAAGUCCUUCGCAAGCCUAGCAGACGCUGCUUCUUCUGCGUCCGUCAAAGACAUAGCGAAAGCGGAAAAUGCUUACAGCAGAAGGCGAAGGAACUUGAUGGCUUUCAACCACGUUUGGGACAAGUUGAGACGCAACGGUGGUGGAAUCUCCAAGAGAACAAUGUCAAUGAAUUCAAGUAGAAGUGCUCUGGCUCUUGCCUUUGCCGUUAGUAGUUACGAUAGUACUAGUAGUUUUACAAGCGAGGACUCAAGUUCAAAUUCAAGGUCGCCUACGCCACCGCGGUCGCUUCCGCCACUCCAUCGCCGCAAUCGCCUGUCCGGUGCCAGCACAGGCCCUUCCUCUCCUCUGCAGCGGAGUCUUCCGGCCUGGCGGUCCUUCUCCGUGGCGGAUCUGCAUUAUUGUGGCACAGCCGCAACCGUCAAUAUGCCGGAUUCCACCGCCCUAAGAAAUGAUGCAGCUCAUCCAUAGUAUCACUAAUCCUCCAUCACCAGGGUAGAUUUGAAGAAGGAAAAAAAAAUGAUAGUUCUUUAAAUCUUAAUAGGUUAGCUUAGAAUUUUCGUUAAUUAGUAGGUAUGAAGACUAACUUAGAUCGGUAUUAUAAUGUGUUUUGCAGGAGUAAAAAAAUAUCAUUUCUACGCUAUAAUCAA